AUGUCUGCUAGAACCCUCCUCGUUGUCGGCUCCGGUCCGGGCAUAGGUCGUGCCGUGACCACGCUCUUCGCCUCCAAGCGCUACACCAACGUCGUGCUCGUCGCCCGCCGCGCCGAAUCGCUAGCCGCAGAAAAGGCCGCCAUCGAGCAUGCCGUUGGUCCACAAGUCAACGUUAGAACCUACGCAGUUGACAUAACCGACCUGGCCGCCCUCGGCAAGGCGUUGGACGACGCAGACGCCGCCAUCGGAAAACCUGAAUGCGUCUUUUUCAACGCCGCGCGGGUCCUCCCCUCGGCCUUUUUCGAGCACGACGUCAAGGAGAUUGAGUAUGAUCUCAAGAUCACCGUCUCGGCUCUCUACGUCCUCGCCCAGCGCUACAUCCCUCACUUGGUCUCGCUCGCCAAGGCCGGCGCCGAUCCUGACUCGGAGCACUCCUCAUCCGCGAAGCCGGGCUUCCUCGUGACCAGCUCGGCCCUGCCGCUCGAGCCCAUUCCGCAGCUGUUUGCUCUGUCCCUGGUCAAGGCCGCGCAGCGGAACCUGGUGCAGAGCCUGCACAUGGCGUACGCCCCCGAGGGCGUGCAUGUGGGCGUCAUCAAUGUGGCUGGGGCCGUGUCGCCGGAUGAUCUGGAGCGCAACCCGGCGAAUAUUGCGGCCCGGGCGUGGGACUGGUUUGAGGGUCUGAGGGGUUUUGAGGUAGUUAUCUGA